CCUAGUCUCGAGGACUUGCUCGUGAAACGGGAGAAAUAAACAGACACUGAGCAGAGGAAAAAAAGACACAGGGAGUGAUAGCGUAGGCUACGAUAAUUUAAGACAUCUCCUCCCUCCCCUUCCCCUUCACAAUCUCUCCAUCUUCAUCCCUCGUCUUUUCUUUAAUGGAUAGAAAUUAUCCUGGUACAGGAUUCGGUGAUUUGGGCGCUGGAACGGGAUGGAGUUACGAGAGAUCGGCGAAGGCAAGCCUGGUGUAUGGGAGCUCCAGGUCCUCCCAUCCAGACUCCGAGCUCCUCCAUCGCCAGGCUUAUGGCACACCCCACCCUCUGCAGGGCUAUGCAACCAAUCACCACCCAGGAAGUUCUGGACAGGGUGGAGCUUGGGGAGCGGCUGGACGGAGCCUAGGCCUGUCAGGACUGUUUGAUGCAGGGCUACACCACGCCAGUGCUUCUGGCCCCGACCCGUCUGUCAUGAACCUGAUUUCUGCGCUGGAGUCCCGGACACCACAGCCCCCCCCCUCGGCCUCUUCUCUCCUUUCUCAGUUCCGCACACCCUCCUGGCAAACUGCAAUGCACACACCGAACCCAGCUGAACUUUUCAUCUCUGGUGCCCUCCCUGGUUCUGGCUCCUUUCCCUCCUCAUCAGCGCUGUCUGCCUAUCAGCACCCGGCCUCUUUCUCCGGACGCUCCUUCACCCCAUCCCUCUCCCUACAGGACACACCCACUUUCAACCCUACAACCAACGGGCUCCUGUCCCCCCAUGACCCCUUACUGCACAUUAAGACAUCCUCCCAGUCCAGCUUAGGCUUUGAUAGGCUGCUCUCUUCGCAAAGUGUUGCAUACAGAGGGACUCAGGACCCUACAGGGCCCCCACCACAGGCCCCGUCCAACCCCUCCGGUCGUCACCUGCCCCCUCCCCAGUUCAACUUGCUGUCCUCUCAGCUUCAAGACCAGUCAUCUCAGCUGUACAAUGCCUCUGUCUUUUCCUCUGCGCCGGCCCCGCCACCACAGCCCCCGCAGGAGAGGGCCAUUCCGCGUCAGGACAGCGUCAUCAAGCACUACCAGCGUUCCUCUCCAGCCCAGUCACAGCUCUCCUCCUCGGCACCCCACCCCCUGCAGCACUACCUCAGCUGCGGGGCAACUGGGUACCAACAGAUGGCACAUCACAGGCAUGGAGGAGUGUCUUGCAGUCCUCUGGGUGACCAGAGUCCGUCCUCAGAUGCCAAAUCCUCGUCCCGGGCCGAGCAGGUGUACCGUCCCAUCAUCCAGACACCCUACACCUCCUCGGCCUCCUCCUCAGGAUCCAAGGGGGCCAAAAGCUCAAGCUCCAGUAGCGGCUACUCCUCCUCAGGAUCUGCGUCCUCUUCUUCCCGGACCCCCCACACCCCCCCCUCAGCAUCCUCCACCUCUUCAACCUCUUCAAGCUCAUCCUCAAACUCCAACCCCAACCCUGCCUCCAGCUCAUCUUCUGCCCCUUCAAGACAACAGGCUCCUUCCCAGUCUGCACCGCCUCCUCCCCCCCCACCACUGCCACCCCCUCCAGUGUCCUCCACCCCUGUCCAACAGCCCCCACCCAAGCCCUGUCUCUCUGUUUAUGGCUCCCCUGUUGCUUCCGUCAAGUCCAAUCCAGGCGUCCCUGGCCAGACUCCUCCCCAGCAGCAGCAGCAGCCUCAGCCACAGUCCUACUCCCCCAGCCAGCCCCCUCCCUCACACCUCAGCCAGCCCUAUGGAGGCUUCAGCUCUCCUCAGGCCCAGGACUUGAGCUCUGGAACGGGAGUCUCUGCGAAGGGUUAUGGAGGCUUAGGGCCAGGGGCUCGCUCCUUCUCUGCUGAAGUAGUCUAUGGGACAGACUCAGGGUAUGGCUCACUGCCGGCCUCCCUCGGAGGAGGUGGCAGUCCCUCCCUGGUUUACGGGAGCCAAGGACACUCCCCAGCGAUCCUGGGAUCUGGAGGAGCUGGAGGGUCAGCGGGAAGCGGCCCUGCCUCAGGGGUCAGCGGAGGUGCCGCAGGAGGGGGGGUUGCAGGAUCGGCAGGUGCGGCUAGCAGUGUAGGGAGUGGGGGUGCAGGCUCCUAUCACCUGCCUGACUCCAGCCCCUCCCCAUCCAACAACUCUGCUAUUAUUCGACCUGGACUACACUCCCCCGCCCCGGCCCGCCCUGCCCAGUCUCCUGGGGGACCGGGCGGCAGCAAAUUCCUCUCCUCUGUCCUUUCGCCUGCUUUCCUAUCUUCGCCACAAGGAUACCCCGAUACUCGGGCUCCGCAGCAGCAAAGCUACCACCCCACGCCCCCCAAGCCUAAACCAGAUUCUGACAUGCUGGCAAUGGAGCGCUCCCAAGACGAGGAUGAAGAUGAUGACGAUGAUUUUCUGAUUCAGCACUUGUUACACGCCCAGAGUUCUCCCCAUCCCUCCCAGCACCACACGCAGCAGCCCACACAGCAGCAACCUCCUCAGGCCAUGUCUCAGCCCAGAGACUCCGGCAAAGGGCUGGCCUACGACAUGAACAAGGCCUCUGAAGAGCGCUAUCACCUUCAGAGUGUCAUCCGCACCAAUAGUGCAACCAACAGCACGGUACCUGUAACUGCAGGUGUGGGUGGCAGUGGUGGCGGGCUGGAGAGCCACCUGGAGUCAAUGAAGAAGCAGCAGCAAUCAAAGAACGAGCGGGUGCUGUCUAGUGUAGGUUCGGGUCGCGUGGGCGGUGACUCCCUCCAGCACCCCCACACACACCAACAUGACUCGCUGGGUUCAGUGGUACACUAUGGACGGGGUGACCCCUACUCGCACCCACACAUGCAACACCCCCAUCACACUGUGCACCAACAGCAUGCCCAGCAUGGCCAGCACUCCCAACAUACUCACCAACAUGCCCACGCCCAUGGUCACCCCCACAUGGAGCUUAAGAAGCCCCCUGAUCCAUCAGAAUUACCAUACCUGCGCAAGACUCCCGAUGGCCAGCAGCAGCCACGGCAGUCCCAGUCCUCCCUCUCAAUGAUGGAUGCCUCCCCUGACCAACCCCAGCAGCCGCCUUCCGCACACAUGCUCCAGUCUGUCCUGUCCCAUACCACCCGCAACAAGAUGGAUGCCCAGCAAGCUCCUCCUCAGCAGCAGCAGCAGCACCCAAUGAGUCAGCAAGCUCUGCUGGGAUCAUCUGGAGGGACAGGGCCAGGCGGGGUUGACACCCACCCUCAGUCCCAGUCCUCUCAGCUGCAGCUCCAACUCCAGUCUCAGGCUUUGGAGGCCCACUAUGGCCGGGGAGCCCAGCCUAGAGAUCAAGCCAGCCAGAACUCAGUCUCCCCAUUGGACAUGCUGGAGCGCUCCCUAUCACGGGCCAACAGUAGAGACAGUGGAGGUGCUUCGGAAAGAGGUGUCGGGGUUGGGGAAGGGGGUGGCAGCAAUAGACAUAGACAGCAGCAGCAUAGGCUGCCAGCCCAUCACCAUCCCCAACAAACGGCGUCAGAGCUUCAUGACUUCCUCUCUGAGCCCGACUUGGGCCUUUCUGCGCCUUCUCACCUGCACCACCUCAACCCGCACCAUGCCCAUCCCCAUGUCCACAACCAACAGCAAGCCCACCCUCACCACCAGCUCCCACAUCCCCAUGCCCACCCACACGCCCACCAGUUAACGCCCAAUGUGGGGUCCCAACAGCAGCAGCAGCCUCAACAAAGGGACCAAGAGGCUCAGCUCUCACAAUCCCAGUUGGAGCAGCUCAAAGAUCACCAGUUUGACACAGUGAGCCCAGUGGGGAAAGGAGGCCAGAACCAAGCUCAACAGCAGCAGCAGAGGUUUGUGCCUCUAACCUCCAUCUGUUUCCCUGAUUCCCUCCUCCAGGACGAAGACCGAUCCUUCUUCCCAGGCAUGGAAGAUAUGUUCUGCUCCGAUGAAUACAAGUCUAGCUGUGCGGGUGGGGUUGGGGCAGGCCACGGGGUGCAAGAGGGCAUCCCUCAAGUCCGUGGGCAGGGGCAAGAGGGCCUGGAAGCAAUCAAGGCAGGUGGUGGAGGAGGUGGUUAUGACAUGAUGGGUCACCAUAGCGACCAAGGGUAUGGUCAGUACUGCCACGGUCUUUCAGAAGCUGGAAAUGGGACCAUGCACCUGGACUUGGACACUCUAAAGACCCACGAGCUACCCUCCACUGUAAACACUGAACAGCUUGGAUUGAUCCAGUCUCAAACCCCUGGCCUUGGUAUGGGCGGUCCAACUGGAGUUCCUGCGGAUGGCUCUGUCAACAAGAUGAUAGUAGGCCAGGGUGGAGGGGCAGGGGGGCUAACUUCUCCAAUCUUCUGCUCAUCACGGCCCAAAAAACUGCUAAAGACCAGCUCUUUCCACCUUCUGAAGCAGCGGCGUGAACCGCAGCCCCAGGCCAAAAAGAACUACGCUCAGGAGUACGAGUUUGAGGAUGAUGAGGACAAGGCCAAUGUGCCGGCCGACAUUCGCCUCAACAGUCGCCGCCUCCCUGAUCUGCUUCCUGACCUGGUGUCUAGCUGCAGGAAGGGUGCUGCAUCUGGCGUAGGUGGCCUCAGCCCAUUGAUGGGUGACAUGGACUUCUGCCACAACACAGGAUACGCCUCUUUAGGCCCCCCUCCGCAGCUUCUUCCUCAUGACGGCCCCAAGAAAAGAGGCCGGAAGCCAACCAAACCCAAACGCGAAGGUCCACCACGGCCACGGGGGCGACCUCGCAUCCGCCCUCUCCCAGAGCCCUCUUACUGCAGGGGGCUGAUGGGAGCAGUGGGUGGUGAAAGUCGUAGGGGGCGAGGGCGGGGCAGGGGUCGUGGCAGGAGAGAUGAAGGGAUGAUGGAGAUGCACCGAGACAUGAACAAAGUACCAAACCUUCAGUACCAACAACAACAACAUCAACAACAACAACAACAUCAUCAUCAACAUCAGCAGUUCCACCAACAGCAACACCUUCAACACCACCCACACCACCACCAACAACAGCAUCACCAGCAUCAGCAGCAACAGCAACACUCACACCUCCAACAGCAACAUCUGCACCAUCAACAACAACAGCAACAACAACAACCACAGCCCCUGCAUCAAGAGCCCAUUAGGCCUAUAAAGAUAAAGCUUCCUAUCCCCUCGAUACCUCCUUCAGAUUCCUUGUUGAGGACAGACUCCCUGUCCAGCACUGAUCCGGUUUUGUCUGAUGGUUCGGUGGGCUCCGCUCCGUCCCUUGGAUUGAGUCCUGGACCAACAGCUGGGAUUGACAUGAACAAAAGUGACAUGAAUAGGUCCCAGGAGAAGAUCAAGCAGAAAGCCCAAGAGAUGACAUGGGACAGAGACAUUGAGGACCAGAUCACCCCAGAAGCCUGGGCCGCUAUGCAGAAACUGUCCAGUUCAGCGGAUGACAAGACAGAGUUUAAGCCUGGCUUCAUGGCCUCCUUCUUGGACUUUCUCAAGACAGGAAAGAAGCAGCCUGGAGGACCAGGGUCAGGCCUGCAGGGCCUGAGCCCAGUGGGAGAGGCUCAGUCCACCGACACCAUCUCUUUGAAGGGUGGCAUCCGCCCGCUAUCCCCGCCUCCUCCACCACCUCUGGCUCCACCACCAGCCUUUGGGGAAGGGGAAGGAGAGGGGGGAUUAGCCCUUGGCAACUGCCCCAGCCCCUGCAAGCGUCUGGAUGAGGAACUGAAGAGGAACCUGGAGACACUGCCCUCUUUUUCUUCCGAUGAGGAGGACUCUGUCAGCAAAAACCAGGACCUCCAGAAGAGCAUCUCUUCGGCCAUCUCUGCCCUUUACGACACGCCCCACUCUUUGGUCGCUGCCAUUGCUGUGGCUCCGCCCCUGCGCACACCUUCCCCGUCCAGUCCACAAGUCCGGCCUGUGAGCCCAUCCAUGCCAGUCACCCCUACUGCACAGGCACAGACUUAUGUGGGCCAUAUGGAGGUUGAGGGAAACGAACGUACACACACGCAGCUUCUCACCCACAACGACACACAGCCUCAUAUAGAGUCCCCAGAGCAGAAUCAGCCUAAGGCCAUGGAUAGAGAAGAGAGGGAAGAGGAGGAGGAAGAGAUGGAGGAUGAGCAGAGGGAAGAGGAGAGUGUAGAAAGGAGACUCGUAGAGGAGGAAGACGAAGAAGAGAGAGACCAUGACUUUGCAAUGCUAGAUGCUCCUAAAGUGGAAGACUCCCCAUCUGGGCCUCCCCUUGGCCCAGUGCCAACCUCCCCUCCAUCCCUGUCCCUCUCCCCACCCACCUCAUCCUCUCCCUCCCCUCCCCCGCCACUGUCCCUCCCCUCACCUCUUCCCCCACAGCACCAUGAGGAAGAGGAGCAGGAACUCCAGGGAGCAUUGCAUCCUCUACAGCUCCACCCUGACCGUGCUACCUCCUCCCCAACCACCUUCAACCCCCCACCAAUUCUCCCCUCGCCGUCCUCUCCACCUCUGCCUGCCCUCCCCCCUUCCUCCUCCACCACACCACCUCCAUCCUCCUCCCCUCCUGACCAGGACCCAGACAUGGACCCAGAGACUGCCCAGCCCUCCUCCUCCUCCCCUUCUUCUUGCCCACCAUCGCCCCCCACCCCGGAGGACGCAACUACCCCCCAGAUCACCUCGCUUCAUCUUGCUAAGAAGCAGGCGAACGCUGCCAUUGCUGGUGAGAGCGAGGAGGAGGACAGCGAGAGUGGUGGGGAGGGCAUCUUUCGGGAGAGGGAUGAAUUUGUGGUCCGGACUGAAGAUAUCGGCACACUCAAGAUGGCCUUACAGACAGGCCGGGAACCCCCCCCCAUCUGGAGGGUCCAAAAGGCCCUGCUACAGAAGUUCAGCCCAGAGAUCAAAGAUGGACAGAGACAGUUUUGUGCCACCAGCAAUUAUCUGGGUUACUUUGGUGAUGCAAAAAUGCGGUACCAGCGCUUGUAUGUGAAGUUCUUAGAGAAUGUAAAUAAAAAGGAUUAUGUUCGAGUCUGCUCAAGAAAGCCCUGGCACAGACCUGGUCUCACUUUGAGGCGCCAGUCCCUCCCUAAGCCAACAACUCCUGCUCUCAGUCAGACUCCUCCCAGAGUGGAGAGAGAUGACAGAGAGAAGGACAGACAGCGGGAGAGAGAGCAGAAGGAACAGAGAGAAAGAGACCGGGAGCAGAAGGAGAAAGAGAAGGAACAGAAAGAGAAGGAGCGGGAGCAGAAAGAGAGGGAGCUGAAGGAAUUGAGAGAAAGAGAGAGGGAGCAGAAAGAGAGGGAGGUGAAGGAGAAAGAGAAAAGGGACAAGGAAAAGGAAAAGGAGAAAGAAAGGGAGCAGAAGGAGCAGAGAGAAAAAGAGAGGGAACAUAAAGAGCAGAAUGAGAGGGAGCUGAAGGAGAGAGCGAGGGAACAGAAAGAGAGGCAACUGAAGGAGAGAGAAAGGGAGCAAAAAGAGAGGCUGCUGAAGGAGAGAGAAAGGGAGCAAAAAGAGAGGCUGCUGAAGGAGAGAGAAAGGGAGCAAAAAGAGAAAGAGCUCAAAGAAAAAGAAAGAAGGGAAAAGGAGAAAGAGAAGGAAAGGGAGCAGAAGGAGAAAGAGAGAAGGGAAAAGGAAUUGAGGGAGAGGAGGGAACGGGAGAGAGAGAGGGAGUUGAGGGAAAGAGAAAAGAAGGAAAAUGAGAAAGAGAGGGAGAUGAAGGAGAAAGAGAGGGAGCAGAAAGAGAGGGAGAUGAAGGAGAAAGAGAGGGAGCAGAAAGAGAGGGAGAUGAAGGAAAAAGAGCAAAGGGAAAAAGAGCAGGAGAGAGAGUUGAAAGACAGAGAGAAGAGGGAAAGAGAGAAAGAGAGGGAGCUAAGGGAGAGAGAACGGAGGGAAAAAGAGAAGGAGAAAGAGCUGAAGGAGAGAGAAAGACGGGAAAGAGAUAAAGAGAGGGAACAGAAGGAGAAAGAGAGAGAACUAAAGGAAAGAGAGCGCCGGGAAAGGGAGAAAGAGAAGGAGAGAGAAAAGGACAAACAACGAGAUAGAGAGCGAGAAAAAGAACAGAGGGAAAGGGAGGAGAAAGAGAAGAAACAUCAGGUGGAGAAGGUAGAGAGGAGAUGUAGUGGACUGGAGCUAGGGAGAGAGCAGGAGAAAAGAGGGGGAGAGAAGAAGGUGGAUCGUCCAUCUAGGGCAAGGCCUAUGAAAGUAAAAGCUGAACCACCGCCCAAGAAGAGGAAGAAGUGGUUGAAGGAUAUACCCUCCUCCUCGGAGUCCGACUCCUCCCCUGACCAACCCAGUGAGGAUGAAGCCUCAGUGAGAGGUGGCAUGAACAGCCGGGCCAUGAGGGAGAUGUUCAGGAGCUAUGUGGAGAUGCUAGUCAGCACCGCCCUGGACCCUGACAUGAUCCAGGCCCUGGAGGACACACACGAUGAACUGUACCUCCCGCCCAUGAGGAAAAUUGACAGCCUCCUCAACGAACAGAAGAGGAGACUGUUGAGGAGAGUCAACAUGAGUGCUCAGCACCAGGAGGUUCUCCACAUGUUUCCGAAAAUGACGGCUGAUACCUUGGACUCUGGAGCAGUUAAACUGCACCUUGGGGGUGAGGGCUACAAUCGCAAAACUCUAAACCGGGUCAAGAGAAGCAUGCCCAAGCAACAGGAUCUAAAGCUUUCUACUGAGACGUGUCGAAUCUACAGCCUUUACCAUUCCCUCCACCACUACAAAUACCACACCUUCCUGCACUGCAAGAAGGAGACGGACAGUAUUGAGCAGGCAACCGAGGACCCUGGCCAGGAGGAGGUAGUUCAGCAAUGUAUGGCCAACCAGGGCUGGCUGGAGACCCUUUUCAACUCCUUCAUAGAGCUGCUCACUCUGAGCACCAACACCUGAACAGGAGGUCACUAGCCAGGAAUGAAAUGAAGACAUAAUAAACCGUAUUGGGAGACAAAAAGAGGUUGAAAGCGGAGAAAACUGAACUGUACCAAGACAAGACAGAAAAAACGGACGUCCUAAACCCACUCAGUCCUUGCCCAGCGAGGAAACAGCCGGUGUUCUUUGUCUUUUCUUUUUUAAGAAGGAUGGAUUUUAACUUAAAUUUGUGCUACAAACUCUUUUUAACACUUAGUUUAUUCCCUUAUAAAGUAUCUCUUGGCUCAAUGAGAGAAGACGAGCAGAGGAGGCAAUGUGAAAAUUGUGAAUGUGUGAAGGGCUCUGUCCUGACCUGUGGAGGGCAGCAGGAGCACUAUGGUGAAUCGGCUAGCACUACAGGAGAGACUACUCUUUUGACCUACAUUCAAACAUGCAUACAUGCACACAUACACACAAUAUAUAAAUAUGUAUUAAUAAUUAUGAUUUGUAUUAUUUAUACAAGGACAUUUUUAACAUUAUUGUCCCCAGAUGGGAUUGCAGUUAUUGAUUUAAAUGAUAAUAUUUGAUUUGGGUAUACAUGAAAUGGCCCAACCACAAUCCUUGGCUAUAACCCCCUUUGACAGCUGAAGGGGGAACAGUUAUGAAAAGCAGAGUUGAGUGGUACGAAACAAACAAGUGUUUGAUGUUCCUUAUUUACCGUCUGCUUACAUUUGGAAAGUGUAUUUAAAGUUAAGCAAACUUCUUUCUGUUGGUUCUUCAAAAGACAAUAAGAAAGGAUUUUAUGCCAGAAUAAAAAUAAAGUAACUGUGCACUUUCUGAAAGCAAGUGUGUCAGUGUUGGAAUUACGAUUAUAAAGCGUGUUUACUGUAUGUCUUUUUUAUCUGUUGUUAAUUAUGAUAAUUAUAAUUUGUUGAAACUCUUACAGAGCAUUUUUGUUUGUAAAUAUUGUACAGCUUCUUCAGUCAAAUUCCCAUUCCCUCUUCUGUACAUGAAACUUCCUGUAUUUGACAACAGCUAAUAAAACUGCUAAAAAGUAUGAAAAUGA